AUGGACUCUGCCGAGCCGGAACAGACUGCCUUCUCGUCAGUCACAGCCCACACCUCGAAGCUGCAAAGACAAUACCAGGCGCUUCUCGAUCAGUCAACCCCCUUCGUGCUUUACAGAUGGAUCGCCACGGGCGUCUGCCUCCUGGGCUUCUUCGCUCGCAUCUUCGUGGCGCAGGGCUGGUACAUUGUCGCCUACGCUCUCGGAAUCUACCUGCUCAACUUGUUCCUGGCCUUCUUGCAACCCAAGUUUGACCCCUCCAACGAGGCUAUGGACACUGAGAUGGAGGACGGUGGUGUCGGCAUUCUCCCCACCAAGCAGGACGAGGAGUUCAAGCCCUUCAUUCGCCGCCUCCCCGAGUUCAAGUUCUGGUACUGGGCCACCCGUGCCAUCGCCAUCGCCUUCUUCUGCAGUUGGUGGGAGAUCUUCAAUGUCCCCGUCUUCUGGCCCGUCCUGGUCAUGUACUGGUUCAUCCUCUUCUUCCUGACGAUGCGCAAGCAGAUCCAGCACAUGAUCAAGUACCGCUAUGUUCCCUUCACCUUUGGCAAGAAGAACUACGCCAAGAACAGCUCCUAA